GAUCGGGUCACGCGGCCAUGAAGUGACCGCCGGCUGUCUCCCGGUAUCAGCGCCGGUGGAAGACGCGUCACCGUGAUCCCGGGGUGCCAGCGAGCCGCUCUGGCUCCUGGCCAGCCUCCGGUCGGGCCGGUCUGGCACCGAGCCAGGACCGCCGCCGACGGCGACCCACCGACCGGAGCGAUCGACGGUACCGUCCCGGGUGGUGGUCACGAAACGACCGGUCAUCGGAGGUCAAUGUGGUGGUGUAGAUCCUCGAGGACUCAGUGGUGAGUGAGAGAGAUGGUUGGAUUCGUUCCAUCGUGCUCUGUGAAGUCGCUGGACUGAGGUGGUCAAAGGACAGUUCGCCCCUCCAUACCGCGGCCACCUGUUGGUCGGAGGAGGCGGGAAGGUGUUUUCGGCAGUGACGCACGGCGGUGACCGGUGACCUGAGGUCGCGGACCGUCCGAGCAGCCAUGACGCCCCAGCACAGGAGACAGGCGUUCGGGAUGCCGCGGCAGGGCAGGGGUAAGGUGAUGAUGUCCAGCGUCCACGAUCAGUUCAUGUCGGCGUGCGUGCAGCGGAACGAGGCUCGGUUUCGGGAGUUGGUGAACCGGGUGCGUCUGAUCGGGUCCAAGGAGACGGUCAACCAGACGGACCCCGGCGGACGGACUCCCCUCAGCCACCUUUGCGGCCACGGCAGUCACCGCUGCGUUGAGGACUUUGCGCGGCUGAAGCUGGUGGACGUCAACCUGGGGGAUAAGGACGGAAACACGCCACUCCACUACGCCGCGCAGGCAGGUCACUCCGAGGUGGUGGACGUACUGCUCAGCAAGUUUGAGGGUAUCGAGGUGGACGCCAGGAACCGACUCGGGAUCACACCGCUCAUCAAAGCCUGCGUCACGGGCAAACAGAAAUGCGUCCAGAUUCUGCUCGACAAAGGUGCCGAUCCGCUGGUGAGGGACCCCCGGCGCGGCCUGACCGCUGCACAGUGGGCCCACCUGUGCUCCUGGCCGGCCUGUGCGCGGGUGCUGCAGGCACACGCUAUGGCCACGGACACAGACCUGAGGGCCGGCCGGACUCCGGUCCCAAACUCGGUGACCGUCCGACGGCCGACUGCGGUGACCAACGGCGAGCUCAGCACCGAUACAGCUGCGGAACCUGAUCCCGACACUGGACCGGAGUCCGCCGUCGAUCCCUGCUUCCAGCCAACAGCCGCGGAAACCUGUCCUUGUCCGGAUCUCAGUGAGGAUUCUGGGAUAGACCCUGACUCCGUCAAAAACUCCGGUCCUGAGCAGGACUGUGACGCCGUCCUGCACUCUGAGCCUGCCACAGAGGUCCCAGAGAGCAGCGAAUGUCAGGAGAGCCGUCUUCUUCAGUGGUUCAGUGAAUCUGACCUCACCCGAGAGCCUGCCUGGCUCCGGGAACGGCACACAGCUCUCACUGGAGGCGGCACUCCCAGCCGGCGAGCCAGCCUGCCCGACCGGCCUGACAUCUAUCGGCCGGUGGAGCCUGCCACCUGGCGGACGAAACUGGAAGUACCGGCUAUCCGAGUGCGGGAGGUGGAGGCUCCCGUGGAUCCUGUGAUCGUGCAGUACGGCGACCCGGUACCUCCAGAUCAGCUGGCGGUCCAGCCAAAUAAGGUGAAGACUCUGUGCUUACCCGGGAUGGGAAAAGGCUUCGCGUACGAGUAACCGAGGCAAGUGAAAUCCACGGCGCUCGAACCGUCGAAUACGUAUGCAGUUGGUGUAUCGUGCUGGGCUUCUGUGAACAUUCAGAAGAAAAUACAUUCUGCUUUUGCAUAUCAA